UUAGUCCUUUUUAUCAGUGUCCCUCUUUUGACUCACCUGUUUUAACCUCUUCCCCAAAACCCCUGAUUUCCAUAAAAAAAUCUCGAUUUCAAUUUCUUGUAAAUCUUUGACCAAAAUCUCAUUUACUCCAUUGAUGUUUUCUUAAUUUGCGACAUUUUCACCUUUCUCUUUCCUCGUUCUCCUCCAUUGUUCAGCUCGAUUCAACUACUACCGGAUUGUCCAAUAUAGUGCUGCAUGCUUGAAGAUUCUCUUCAAUUUCUUGAGGAAUUUUUCAAUUUUUAAGGCAAUCUUGAAGUGUUGAUUGAGUUGGCAUAGCUGACAACCUGAUGGGUCACAGUUCUGAAGAGGAGGAUACUGACAUCAGUGAAUCAGAGAUAGAUGAGUAUGGAGAUCAAGCUUUUGAAGAGCUGAAGAAGGGAGGUCGUGAGAUAAAGGUGUCAGAAGAGAAGUACACCUGUCCGUAUUGCCCAGGGAAGAGGAAGCGUGAUUAUCAUUAUAAAGAAUUGCUUCAGCAUGCCUCCGGAAUUGGGAAUGCUAGCUCAAAGAAGAGAAGAGCGAGGGAGAAGGCUAAUCACCUUGGAUUAGCUAAAUUUCUGGAAGAUGAGGGCCAAAAGCAAGCUAUGCCAUCAAAGCAUGCCAAUGGGGAUGAUCAUGUUGCUGCUUGUGAUCAUGAUGAUAAGUUCGUUUGGCCCUGGACGGGAAUAGUUGUGAAUAUUCCGACUCAGUUCAAAGAUGGACGGUUUGUUGGGGAAAGUGGUUCAAAGUUGAGGGAUGAGCUGAGAGCUAGGGGGUUUAACCCCAAGAGGGUCCAUCCUUUGUGGAAUUUUAGAGGUCACUCUGGCAAGGCUAUAGUAGAAUUUAACAAAGAUUGGUUGGGUUUGGACAAUGCCUUGGCAUUUGAGAAAGAGUAUGAAUUGAAUCAGCAUGGGAAACAACAUUGGGAGGCAAAGGAUACAGAAAAAUCUGGUCUUUAUGCUUGGGUUGCUCGUGCUGAUGAUUACAAGUCAACUGAGAUAUAUGGGGAGCAUUUGCGGAAAAUUGGAGAUCUGAAAACCGUAUCUGAGCUUGAGGCAGAAGAAGCUCGAAAAAGAGAUAAGCUUGUCUCAAACUUGACAAACGUUCUUGAGAAUAAGAAGAAGAGUUUGCAGGAAAUAGAGACAACAUUCAUUGAAACCUCUGUUUCCUUUAACAAGUUGGCGGAAGAGAAAGACAAGCUUCAUCAAGCAUAUAACGAAGAGAUUAAAAAGAUACAGCUGAGUGCUAAAGAACAUUUUCAGAAGAUCUUUAAUGACCAUGCAAAGCUUAAGCAGCAACUUCAAUCUCAGAGAUCGGAGCUUGAGGUCCGUGUGCAUGCACUAGAGGAGCGUGAAGCAAAAAAUGAAACUGAAAGGAAAAAACUCCAAGAGGAUAUUGAAAAGAAUGCUGAGAAGAACAACUCGCUUCAGCAUGCAGCUAUUGUACAACAGAUGGCAGAUGAGAAUGUGCUCAAAUUGGCUGAAGAGCAGAAGAAACAAAAAGAGGAUUUACACAAGCGAAUAUUGCAGCUUCAAAAUCAGCUGGAGGCCAAGCAGGCACUUGAGUUGGAAAUUGAGCAACUUAAAGGGAAGUUGAAAGUUAUGGAGUACGUGGGAGGUAAAGAAGAAAUACAAAGAGUGGAGGCAAUUCAAAAAGAUUUACGAGAAAAAGAAGAAAAUCUGGAUGAGGUUGAAUCUUUGAAUCAAGCUCUCAUCAUAAAGGAGCGCCGGAGCAAUGAAGAACUCCAGGAAGCUCGCAAGGAGUUGAUAAAUGGCAUGAAAGAGAUGUCAACUCGUGGAGUUAUUGGUAUCAAAAGAAUGGGAGAACUGGAUAGUGUAGUUUUUCAGGAAGCUUGCAAGAGAAAAUAUCCUGAAGAUGUUGCUGAAGAUAAAGCUGCAGAAUUAUGUUCAUUGUGGGAUGAGUAUCUCAGGGAUCCCGAAUGGCAUCCUUUUAAGGUGGUUUUAGUUAAUGGAGAGCACAAGGAAAUGAUAGAUGUUUCUGAUGAGAAACUAAGAGACCUGAAGAAAGAAUGGGGUGAUGACGUGUAUGAUGCUGUAACAACUGCCUUGAAGGAAAUUAACGAGUACAACCCAAGUGGAAGAUACAUAACUACUGAACUAUGGCAUAACGUAGAGGGCCGAAAAGCUACUUUGGAAGAAGGAGUAUCAUAUAUAUUGAACAAAUGGAAGGAUUACAAGCGGAAAAGGGGCUGAAUAAAGGUCUUAAAGCUAAUAUGUGAGGAACUGUGGCGAAGCUCAAGCUUACACAAUGGGGAAGCACUUCCGAUGAAUUUGCUCCUUGGUAAUAGUUAAUGUAUUGAAAACUGCAAUUUUCAUCUCCCUGAUUCCGCCCCCCUCCUAAACUAGGCACCCAGAUUCUUUCCUGGUUGGUGUCCUGUAUUUCAGACAUUUUAUUUAUGGCUAGGUCAGGGAAAACAUUAUUCGGGUAUGAAACUUUAGACCAUAACAUUACCUGUUUGAACUGUACUGAGAUUCCGGUGUCAACAAAACAGGCUAUUAUUCUGUUAAUCGAUAAAAUUUGCUGCAUAA